AAAUGUUUGCAGCGAGCAGGUUUUGAAUAAACCGAUAUAUGCCACGAUCGAUUUAAAAGAUGGGUUUGUAGUGUCAAUACAAAAGAUAGAUAUCAUAAAAAACACAAUACAACAAGUAUGGCUAACGUCUAAUAACAUGUCGAACGUUGAAGUUCGAUCAACUGUGAGGAUGAUGAACGUUGCUAUGGGAUUUGAUGUUAUAACUAAAAUGAAUGAGAAAAUAAGUCACUCUACAGGAUUGAUCGUUUAUCCAGAAAUACAGUUUCGGUUUACGAUAACUAAAAACUUAUUUACGGAUGUUAUAAAAGUAGAUAUCAUCGGUGGACCAAUAAGGACAACGAAUCGUAUACAAUUUAUUCCGGAAAAUGAUGUCACAAAAGUUUUCACGGUUUUAUUUGACUGGAAUAGUACAGCUAUUAGUGUAGCAAGUUGGGCAACAGACAUUUUUAGACCAAUAACUCUUGAAUUGGCGACUAAAGAAAUAGAAUUUCCAAGAAUUUGUUACGAUUGUCCAGCAUAAUAUUAUGU